AUGAGUUAUUUGCACCAUUCGUACCCCUAUGGCGGCCAUGGCGUCCCAAUUGAGCAACCGGUCGGUUGUGGCCCUCCCAUGGCUCACGCCGCCAUGGCGGGCUCUAUGGAUGGGUUUCUCCUUACCCGACCGUCCUACGAGAUCGACUACUACACUCACGUGCCUAUCAUGGAGGACUACGAGGAGUAUGCCGAGAAUUUGUCACGUCCACGGUUGACCAAAGAGCAAGUCGACACGCUGGAGGCUCAGUUCCAGGCCCACCCCAAGCCGAACAGCAAUGUCAAACGUCAAUUAGCUAUGCAGACUAAUCUCAGUCUGCCUCGUGUCGCGAAUUGGUUCCAGAACCGACGCGCCAAAGCCAAGCAGCAAAAACGUCAGGAGGAGUUCGAGCGAAUGCAAAGGGAGGCGAAGAAGAAAGACGAUCAAGACCGAACAAGGGAUGAAUCUAUAGAAGAGGACGACCAAGCUGAGACAACCUCCCUUCAGGAAAAGGAGCAGACCUCGACUCCUAAACAAGUUUCCGGUUCCAAUGAGCGGGUAAAGACACCCGCUAGCUCCGUUGGACGCCAGAAGCACAACAAGACUGGAAGCGAAGUCACCCGUGAGAGAACCUUUGCUUCUCUGCAAAGAGCCCUGAAUGCGGCGGUUGCCGCCCGAGACCAAUUCGCAAAUGAUGGAAGCACUCCGACAGGAGCAAGUGAUAUGUCACUGGACAUGGCACCAGCUAACCUCUCUGCAAACAGCAGCACCUCUCAGAAUUCCUUGAAUGUCCCCCCCUCAGAAUGGGACAGCCGGGAUUCAUCUCUUGCCUGGACUCCGUCUCAGAGUCCCGAGGAAGGUUUCGUAUUUGGCAACAUGAAUGCCAUUCCGUAUGCUGCCUCUGACGAUCAACUUGUAGCAUCACAUCUGGAUAAAUCCCAGAACCUGGACAUGACUGGAUCGCACAGUUUCGGUAGCCUCAGUUCACACUCUUGGAGCGCCCAAAUGCAAGGUGGCUUAUCCGAAGCAUCCCCUGCCUCCGAAUCUAUAUAUGGAUCUUUGCAGUUCUCAUCACUACACCCGCCUUCGGCUCCUGGAUCUCGACGCCCCUCUUCAUCUGAGGAGCUCGCCGAAUCCAUCGGUAGCAUUGGAAUUGAUGCCCAACUGUCUAAUAGAGUUGAUGGAUCUAUGUGGAGACGUCCAGAGAAAGAACUAGACAUUGCAGCACGUCGAAAACGACCCAGGCCGGCUGCUAUUGGCACCAGCAAUAGAGUGGUGGUUGGGAAUUCCUCGAUGUCAUCUAACGCUCGCUUGCCAAGCUUUGGAAACUCCUCCCAUUCCCUCCGCCACGCGAAAUCCUCCCAUACUCUGGGCUCGAGGUACGCGGGUGUGCGAAAGAUGUCAGUUCCACAGCGGUCACCGCUUGGUUUCUCGAGCUUUGCCGAGGCAGAGUCUAAGCAUAGACUUCACGCGUCUGCUUCGGUUGGCAACUUGGCCCCUCCAACUCCACUCACACCAGAAGAUCUCCAGCAAAUGCUACCUGCCACACCACGUGAUGGAAAAUUUGACCUAUCGUCACAAAGACUUGCUGAUGGGUCACUCUUUCCAGCAGCUCAGGCAAUGCAGCUUAAUGUGGCCUCUCCACCGGAAACCCCUUUGAAUUUGGAAAUGCUUUCCACAGUUCAAUAUCAGAGUCUUGCCCCACCCAUGUCAGCCCCGGCUCAAUAUUCUUCAUUUGCAGAAUACUCGCCCAUUUCGAACGGGCCACUGACUGGAGUGAGUUGGGCAGUUUCGACGCCUGAUACAUCAGUCUUUCCGGGCGGGCUUCAGACGCCUCAACCGCCUCCGUACAUCUAUGAACAAGAGGGCGAUGACAACCCGGAAAGCAGGUGGGCGCUGAGUGAAGAGAGUUCAUUGUAUGGCUCGGGAAAGGAAUCCGAUACUCCCCCGGUGACGAUGGCGGUCGGAGACGAACCUAACGCGACUCAAUUCUACAUCCACCAGUUCCCCAAGCAACAGGAAGCUCUUCGAACUGCAUCUCAACAAUUGCCGUCUCAAUCACGGAAGAAUUAUACAUUUUCCAAUCAAACGCCUAGCGAUUUCGAUUCUCCAACGCCAUUUAAUACUAAUUUUUAA